GUCUGAAUACUUAUAUCAAGUAAGGUUUUUCUCCUCACAGUUUAUUUCGCAUUUCAGGAGGGACCAUCAUGGCCGUUGUGAACAUGUCUACGUUAAUUGGUCGGGCUCUCUUCAGGCAUUCCAGUGUAAUUAGAACAGUCAGAUCAGUUGGAUGGGCAUACAGAAGUCAUAGGCCACUUAGUGCCACAGUUAUAAAGGCAGCAGAAAAUGCACCAUCAGAGAAGCAGGUUCAAGAAGAUGCCUUGGGUGAGAAGGCAGCAGAAUGUACACAGGCUGAAAAAGUUCUUCAUGAACAAAUUGCAAAUUUAACAAAGGAAAAAGAAUCUUUAUUAGAAAAAGUUGCAGAUUAUCAGGAAAAGUACCAGAGGACCUUAGCUGAUCGUGAGAAUGUUAGAAAUCGUUUGGAAAAACAGAUUAUGGAUGCUAAACAGUUUGGCAUUCAAGGGUUCUGCAAAGACCUUCUAGAGGUAUCUGAUGUGUUCCAUAAAGCAAUAGAGAGUGUACCAGCAGAGAGAGUAGAGAAAGGCAACCCUGAGCUCCAGAAUCUAUACAAUGGCCUAAAAUUGACAGAGAACCAAUUACUAACGAUUUUUCGGCGACAUGGUUUGGUACAAGUUACACCAGAAAUUGGAGAAAAAUUUGACCCAUCGUUACAAGAAGCCAUGUUUGAGCUAUCUCUGCCCGACAAGGAACCUGGUACUGUCGCACACAUUAUUCGCAAUGGAUGGACUCUUCAUUCCCGAUGUAUUCGUUCAGCUCAAGUUGGUGUUGUUAAAGAAUAGUUUCAUAUAAAAAUGAAUUGUAACUUUGUUUUUAUAUAGGCUUAUAAAUGCAUGAGAGAAUUAAUAAUAUGAAAAAGAAUCUUGCAAGUAAUUGUAAAAAAUAGAAACUGUAUUGUAUUAGAAAAAUAAUAUUUACUUAUCCAGGUAUAACAUAUAUAUAUAUAUAUAUAUAUAUAUAUAUAUAUAUAUAUAUAUAUAUAUAUAUAUAUAUAUAUAUAUAUAUAUAUAUAUAUAUAUAUAUAUUUAUAUAUAUAUAUAUAUAUUUUGUAAGUGCUUCAAUGUAUGUAUUGUAUUUGUUAAUAUGGCGAUGUCUUUUACUUGCAACCCAAACAUUGGUCACAUAUGUGCAUGCAUUAUUACUGUUAUCUGAUGUAAAAACCCUCUAAUGAAUUUGACCAAUAUUCAAGAAUUUUUUGAAUUUGUUACAGUUCUUCCUCAGAGUUUUGUCAAAAAAGCAAAUGAGACCGAUGCAAGGACCUGUCAUCUUUACACAAUUUAUCAAGACAGUAAUUAAUACCUGUAUAGUGGAAUACUGUAAUAAAAUAUUUAUGAUAAA